GUUUUGAAGACCUUGUCAGGUAAAUUGUGUGGUUCCGUCGCGGUUGCAAAUUUGUAUCGUGUGUGUAUGACAAGCCGAAUAAUUGCCUGGAAUGAAACGCCAAAGUGUCGACAGUUUGCCAGCUCGGCGCUAGCUUCAAGGAGGAAUUUGAAGUCUAAAGUUUGAAGCAGAAUACAGGGACUGUGAGUGGGUCAUCAGGCAGUCUCCCUAUGUCAGGCCGAAACGGGUCUGCAAGUGAUGCAGACUGCCGGAUCUCAGAGGACUGCCAUGUCCAGGAUGUGGAGCUAAUGGAGCUCGGGCCACUGCUGGAGGAGGGAGGAGUCCACCAGCUGGCCUCCAAAGGUGUCCAUCCAGAGGGAGCAGCGAUGCUUGCUGCGGAUGAGGAGGAGGAAGAUGACGACGAGGUGGGAGAGGUUCUGACCUUACCACUCCAGGCACACCACGCCAUGGAAAAGAUGGAAGAGUUUGUACAUAAAGUUUGGGAAGGACGCUGGAGAGUCAUUCCCUUUCAUGUCCUGCCAGAGUGGCUUAAGGACAACGAUUACCUCCUGCAUGGACAUCGCCCUCCCAUGCCGUCAUUCCGGGCCUGCUUUGGAAGCAUCUUUCGAAUUCACACCGAGACCGGAAACAUUUGGACUCAUCUGUUAGGGCUGAUUUUAUUCCUGUGUCUGGGCACGUUAACCAUGUUGCGACCCAACAUGUAUUUCAUGGCCCCGCUUCAAGAAAAAGUGGUGUUCGGGAUGUUCUUCCUGGGAGCUGUGUUGUGCCUCAGUUUCUCCUGGCUUUUUCAUACCGUCUACUGCCACUCCGAGAAAGUGUCUCGCACUUUCUCUAAGCUUGACUACUCAGGCAUCGCCCUCCUCAUCAUGGGUUCCUUCGUGCCCUGGCUGUACUACUCCUUUUAUUGUUCUCCUCAGCCACGACUUAUCUACCUCACCAUUGUUUGUGUACUUGGCAUUGCCGCCAUUAUAGUGGCCCAAUGGGACCGGUUCUCCACACCUCGACACAGACCCACAAGAGCAGGCGUGUUUAUGGGUCUGGGACUUAGCGGCAUUGUUCCCACCAUGCACUUCACCAUUGAAGAGGGCUUCGUUAAGGCCACCACUGUUGGCCAGAUGGGUUGGUUCUACCUAAUGGGGGCCAUGUAUAUCACUGGUGCUGGUCUGUAUGCAGCCAGGAUUCCUGAACGCUAUUUUCCUGGCAAGUGUGACAUAUGGUUCCACUCCCAUCAAAUUUUCCAUGUUCUGGUCGUGGCAGCAGCUUUCAUCCAUUUCUACGGCGUUUCUAACCUGCAGGAGUUCCGCUAUGGCCUGGAGGGAGGAUGCACAGAUGACACUCUACUCUGAAAGGCCUAACUGUGACUUCUUUUCUUAAUAACCCCUGCAAACACCACAUGCACACGCAAAAACAGUACAAAUGCUGCUGGAAUUUCUUAAAAUCACUUGUUUCUCAUUCUUUACUACUCAUGUGUUCACAUGGUGUGAGGGCUUUGCUGGGCUUUGUUUUGCGCUUUGGCUUAUUUUUGCUCCUAUUAAGUAGCACUAACGAGCCAACGAGCACUGGAGGGAAUCGUCAACCUAUGUCGUCAGUCUAUGUUGCUAUUUUGAAACUUGAAAUGUUCAUCUAAAUUAAGGUCAAUGUAUUGAAAACCAUACCUCCCUCUGACGGCCAUUAACUUAUUGGCUUCAGCCUGUCAGCAUGUGACAAAGGGUGAGAAGAGUAGUAUUAUAAGUGCUGUAGCAGGGGGAACACGUUGUAAACCAAUCAUUUUCUCCCACAUUGUGUCUGUCCAGGCUUGAGGAUGAAUGUACAGUCCGUUAUUUGGGUGCAGAACAACAAUCCAGGUCAAUGUAGAUACACAGGGGCCGCCAUUUGAAGGCGUAUGAAAUGUUACACAUGGUAUGCAAUGGUGUUGCCAUAUGUUUACUAUGCUUAGAGUUUUUUUUCAACUGUUGGUUGAAAUGUGGCACAUUUCAACAAAGAGUGUGAACUCUUAAAACUGACGCAAUGCACCAAAAUCUUACAAAGUUCUCAUGAAAGAACCACUGUUGUACUAUCAUUUGGAUUAUCAUUUUAAAAAUAAAUAAUGAAAUGUGCAUUGAAUAUUUGCCAGGCAUUUGAACCUAAAAAUAUUAAUGUCACAAUUUUAUUAAAUUAUUUACCUGUAAAUGUUUUUUUUCUUUGGUUUUUUUUUUUAAAUGAAGACUUUAUUAGAUUCCUCUAUCUGAGGGAAGCUCCCAAAACCCACUUUGAUUCACCCCAGAGAAAAGAUUUGCAGCAGUUGUGUGAAAAGACUGACUGGAUGAAAACUUGUAAAUGUUGAGAUGUUCCUUUCUGUUAUUUUCCAGAUGAUACAACCGGUCUUUUCUAAUGUGUAGAGUUAGGUCCCAAGCUACGCACAAUGUACAGGUCUGGAGGGGUUGAGUUGUGUUAUUGUCAGUUGCGAGCUUCCUUUUGUGUUAGAUUUCAGAUGCAAUCUGAGGUGUAAAUAGCAAAUGCACCUCUUGUGUAUUCGUAAAUUCAAGACUUUUAAUUACCAGAUGGGGUUUAAAAUGUUCCAUAAGAUUGGUAAAAAAAAAAAAAAAAAAAAACUUUAGUAUUCCUGUGCCUUAGGCCAUUGGAAAUGUUUAAAAAUUAAAAAAAAAACAAAAGAGGCCUAUCUGAACAGUCAAGAAACCUUCAAUGAUUUUCAGAUGUAGACUCAUCUUGUUUUUCUUGUCAUAUACAAUCAAAUCAUUAUUGAACUACAACCCCGUGGGGAGGUUGUAUCAACUGCUGUAUAAGACUACUUUUUCUAGAUCAACUUACUCCAGCUUUAUUACAGACUAAAACAAUGUGUAUUCUUGACUUUGUGUUAUGUCCUGUGUAGAAAGUGAGAAAUCAUACAUUUCAUUGAAAUGUCGACAUAACUAUUUAUUAAUCGUAAUCUUUGGGGAAAAUACUGUAAUAAAUUUUUUUCCACAUGUACAAAUGUGUCCUGUUUUGUAUUGUUUCCAAGUAGUUGAACAUCUACAAUACACUAGCUCAGGGGUGCCCAAUCCCGGUCCUCGAGAGCCCCUAUCCAGCUUGUUUUCCGUGUCUCACUCCUUUACCACACCUGAAUCAAAUGAUCAGCGCAUCGGGCAAGCUCUGCAGCAGCAGCCUGAUAACGAUCCUGAUUAGCAGUUCACCGCAACCACCUUGUUUAAGGAUGUUAGAGGUGCAUGAGCAAGGGGGGGUGGAUCCCUAAGCAGUCAGCCGGUCGAGAUGAAUGAUAUUUUAUUGGUGAACACGAGAUGGUUGAUGAUGUGAGAGCCAAGGCAGAAGGUGGGUGACGUUAGGCUUGGAGUAGUUCAGCCGGGGCGAAGUGGAGGCUCGGAAGGAGGCAGGCGUGGAAUCCAACAAUCAGCGCUGAGGCAAGAGCAAAACUAGUAAGAAAAAAAAAAAGUAAUCAAAUGGAUGAAUCAAAAUGUUAAGAUGCAACUGACAGAGGUAAGCAGACUAGUUGAUCGGGCGAGGAGGUGGUGGCGUCGACUGGCUUUUAAAGAUGGCUGAUUGUUAUUGCCCACACCUGUGGCCGCUCCACCCGUCAGACAUCCCAACCCAUAAUCAGAUAAAAACACGUGCACCUGCCCAAGGAGGGUCUGGUCUCAGGAGGGAUGGGCGGAGG